AUGUUGAGAUUUCUUUAUAUUAUGUUUUUUUCUCUAUGGACAUCUAAUGGUUUACAAUCGCCUUUGUAUGAUACAGACCCAUUUGGAUUUGACUGUUUGCAUUAUUUUUCAUCUAAAUCAUCCUUUCCUGGAAUAGUUAAACAUUGUAUUCGUCCAAAUAAAGACAAGAAUUUGACGACAGUAAAUCCUUUUUUUAAUAUAUCUGAUGAAUAUUUUACUUUCAACGAAUUAUAUCAUCUGAAUAUUACCUCACAUGAAGUUCUUCUAUGGUCGUCGUCGAUUGAUGUCGCUGAAAAAUAUCAAUACUAUCUCGAUCGACCAGCUCAAUCUAAUUUAUCGAAUGAAACGUUUUUUAAUUGUACAGGUCCAUGGUUUGGAUCUCGAUGUCAAUAUUCAUUAGGAAUAAAUGAAGAUGUAUCAGUCCGAAAUCCAUGCGAAAUGACUUCAACAGAUAAUAUGUUUCGACAAACGUGUUACAUUCUUUUAGAAUGUAAUCGUGGUGGUCCAUCGAUUUGUCUCGAUUGGCGUGAGAUAUGUAAUAGUCGAAUCGAUUGUCUAAAUAAUGGUAUUGAUGAAAUUGGAUGUUUCAAUUUAGAAAUGAAUGAAUGUAAUGAGAAUGAAUAUCGAUGUCGUAAUGGAUUAUGUAUUCCAAAAAUCUUUUUGGAAAUGAUAUUUGUGGAAGCGCAAUGUUUUGAUGGAUCGGAUGAAAUUGUUAAGACCAAUCGUCUUCUGAAAGCUAAUUAUCGGCCACAUUUAUUCGAAUGCCAAGAAUAUGUAUGUCGGCCUGACGAAGGUCAAUUUACGUGCGGUGAUGGACAAUGUGUAGAAGAUUUUGGUCAAUGUCAAAAUAAUCGACAUUUAGCAUUGAUUCAAUCAAUUAGUAUUCAAGGAAAUUUAUCCUACUCAUGUUGGAUAAUUAUGGUUUGUCUUAGCAAAAUUACGAAUAAAAUCGAAAACGUAACAUGUGAUCAACUGCUCAUGCAAUCUUCUGAAAUCAUUGAAGAGUUUAAAAACUGUACGUUUCCUCUUGAAUUUCCGGUUAUUCCUGUACUCUUUGGUCAUGUUAGAUUUUUAUAUGAACCAAAAGAAAUUGACAAUAUCAAUCUAACAUUAGCUCUCAAACCUGAUUAUAUUUGUUAUGAUGAGCAAUUAUGUGAUUUUCUUACACCUACAUUUCCUUAUAAAAAUCUAAACUGUCGAUACGGAAAUGAAACAGGCUUUGACUUGAAUGUCGAAUUAACUACAUGGAAAUCUGUCAUCGAUUCAGUCAGACCAUACUUUAUUGGUUGUGUCACUCAACGUUAUCAAAACAUCAGUUCUCAUUAUUCAUCAUUAUAUCAUUGUAAGAAUUCGUCAAAAUAUAUUUCAAAAUACCGAAUCGUUGAUGGUAUACCCGAUUGUUUUUUAAAAGAUGAUGAAGAAGCAUUCGAAUUGAGUUGUUUAUUAAAUCAAACGCUUCGAUUUCAAUGUCCGAAUGAGAAACAAUGUCAUUCACCUUUAAUUUCACCAGAUAUCUGCUCUCGUCCAAUAGAAAUAAAUUAUGAGAAAAUUUUAUUUUAUCGAAUAUGCGAUCGUAUUGCAGAUAUGCCCUUGAUGUUGAUUAAUGGACAAAAUCAUUCAGAUGAGACUCAUUGUGAAGAUUGGCAAUGCAAUAAUAUCUAUACACGAUGUGAUGGCUUUCGAAAUUGUCUUGAUGGAGAAGAUGAAGAAAAUUGUACGGAAUCAAUUACAUUAACUCAUUUCUUUUUCUGUACUUCGCCACAGAAUUAUACACAGAUGUGUUUACCAGCCGGUCAAGUCAUUAAUGAAACCGUCGAUUGUUUUGGAGCAUUAUCCAAUGAAUUUCAAUAUUUUCAAACGAACAAAUUUCAUUGCUCGAAUCACACGAAAUGUGAAGAAGAUGAUCAAAAUCCUUGCAAUGAAAAUCAAAAAUGUCUACCGUAUGAUAAUUAUGAAUUUUGUCUUGACCGUCUUCAGUUAUGUAAUGGCUAUAAUUUUGAUAAUUUUAUUAAUAUGCGAGGCAUUUCAUGUCGAAUUAUUAAUACAGCUUAUAAGGAUUUUUUAUUAGAUACUGCAUUAGUUUAUCCAAUCUUACAGACUACUCCAAUAUAUCCUAUUAAAAACCAGAUCACUGACGAAAAGAUAGACUUGCCGAUUAAUAAUACGAUACAGUCCAAUGUUUGCAAUUAUGGUUUACAUAUGUAUCAUCGACUUGGAGUUGGCAAUUAUAGAAGUCUAUGUUUUUGUCCGCCAAAUUAUUAUGGUGAUCAAUGUCAAUAUCAAAAUCAACGUGUUAGUUUAACUAUCGUAUUGGCAACAGUCCAUCAACCGAUUGUCUAUGCUAUUAUUGUUACCUUAAUGGAAGAUGACAAUGCUACACAAGAAAUUCAUUCGUACCAUCAAUUUACUUAUGAAUCAAAAACAUUUUGUGGUCAAACUGUAGAUGUUUAUCUAUUAUACACAACACGAGACAAGAAUAAUUCAAAAAAAUAUAGCAUUCGUAUUGACACCUUUGACAAGAGUUCAAUGACGCAUCUAUUAAGUUGGCAUUUAACGAUUCCAUUUAUUUUUUUACCAGUUAAUCGAUUGAGUGCUUUUUUGACUAUUCCAAUUUCUCGAUCAUUCAAUUUUAAUCAUUGUAAUCUGCAAUGUUAUAAAGGCACCUGCAUGAAAUAUCAUAAUGAAGAACGAUUUUUCUGUCAAUGUUAUUCAGGUUGUUCUGGUGCACAGUGUCAUAUUCCAAUUGAUUGUAGCAUGUGCGCACCAAAUUCAGUCUGUAUUGGUUCGAUUCAAAAUCGAUCAAUAUGUGUUUGUCCUCAAAAUAGGUUUGGUUCAUUUUGUCGUCUUGAACUAAUGUGUCCAGUAGGAUUUUGCAAAAACAAUGGUCGAUGUGUCGUUCUCGAUGAGAGAAUGAUUGAUGAAAGUUAUGUAUGCUUCUGUUCAGAACAAUUUCAUGGAUCAAGAUGCCAAUACGUCAAUCAUAAAAUAGAGAUUUCCCUUAAGAAUAUUGAAAUUCCAUCACACUUACUUGUUUAUAUCUACGAAGAGAUUAGUUUUGAACAAUCAAUACCAACAUUUAUUACACUCAAAAAAAUGGCUAUGUUUCAGAAUCAAAUUAUUUUAUACUCUCAACGUACGGUCGAAAUGAUUCUUGUCAAAAUUGGUGCUCGUUAUUAUUUGGCUGUACUUCAAAAACUCGAACAACCUAACAUAACAACAUCGAUUAAUCCUGCACAGCGAUGUGCUUCCGUUGAUGAAGUUUUGAAUACUAAAUUAGUAUCAUUACCACGAAUUCAACGAUUGAAAAGUUAUCAUAUUCCAUGUCAACGUGAUUUUAAUCUACAAUGUUUUGUCGAUGAAUUUUACAUGUGUCUAUGCACGGAAGAGCAUCAUAGUAAUUGUUUUCUAUUAGACCAACAAUUGAGUUUUAUCUGUGACGAUAAUGUUUAUUGUGAAAAUGGUGGAACAUGUUUACAAGAUCAACCUAUAUGUUUUUAUAGUAUUCUAUGUGUAUGUAAGGAUUGUUUCUUUGGUGAUCGAUGUCAGUUUUAUGCUAAAGGUAUUGGAUUAACAUUAGAUGAUUUAUUGAGAUAUGAAAUUCGACCUAAUAGUACAUUAAAUGAUCAAUCGUUGGUAGUUAAAUUAAGUGCAACAUUUAUCAUGAUUAUUUUUCUCAUUGGUUUAAUCAAUGGUUUUCUUAGUUAUUUAGUUUUCCAUAAUCGUGAUUCUCGUAAAGUAGGAUCUGGAAUUUAUCUUCGCUUAUCAUCAAUUAUUUCUAUUCUGAUUGUUACUAUGUUAAUUAUAAAAUUCUGGUUUGUAACAUAUACGUAUAUGAAUCCAUUGAUCAAUCGUAAUAUUCUUCGAAUUGGAUGUUUAGUACUUGAACCUUUGCUUCGUCUUUUCUUAAAUAUGAGUAAUUGGCUUAAUACUUGCGUGGCCAUAGAAAGGGCAAUAUCAGUCCUGCAAGGAAUUAAUUUUAAUAAGAAAAGAAGUAGAUGUAUUGCACGAUGGGUAUGUUGCCUUUUACCAUUUAUAAUUUUGGGUUCAAUGUGUUAUGAACUCAUCUCUCGCGAUGUAUUUGAUGAUCAUGAAGAACGACGUGUUUGGUGUGUACUUCAGUAUUCUCAAUCAGUUGAACGAUACACUACAAUUAUUCAAUAUUUUCAUUUUGUAGUUCCUUGUGCAAUAAAUCUAUCUUCAGCUCUUUAUAUCAUCAUAAACAUUGCGCGACAACGAACGACCACUCGAACAAAAUUUAAUUAUAGACAACAACUAGUUAAUCAAAUCAACGAGCACAAACAACUUAUUAUUAGUUCUAUUUUAUUAGCUGUUUUACUAUUUCCUCGCUUUCUUAUUUCAUUAUUAUCAACAUGUGUUAAAGCAUCACGAAAUCCUUGUGAUUAUGAUCAAACACCAUUAAAACAUUAUUCUGAUCGUAUACGACAAAUAAUUAUUGAAUGUUUAUCUAUUGAUCCUUUACGUCGUCCAGAUAUAUGUUGUGUAGCACAAUUAUGUACAGAACAAAUGAUGUUAUAUACAGAUCGUUCAUGUACAAUAAUUCAAACAUUAGAAAAACGUUUAAGACAACAAGAUCAUCAACGUGAACUUGAUCUAAUAAAACAACAAUCACAAUUACAGCAACAAUCAAAUUAUCAUCAACGAUGUCUUAGUUGUUCAAGUACAAAAGAAUCAUUAGUUAGUAAUAGUGGUGGAAUACCUGAUGUGAGUUUUGAUGGAACUGAAGGACAACUUGAUACACUUAAACCGGAUACAUUUACUGCUGUUUCUGAUUUUGAAACACCUGAUACAUCAAAAGAAUUAAUAAAUAGUAAUACACCACAACCUCCAAGUGGUUCAACAAGACCAAAUACAAUACGACGUCCAAUAGCUCGAGUUUCUUCUGAACAAUCAUUAAAUACAAUUGAAACAUCCCUUUAUCAAGCACGAUCACCUGAAUCAUCAAAUAUAUCAUUUGAAAGUGGUUAUGAUAGUAAUAAUAUAGCACAACCAACACAUCCUUCAUUAAGUUCAUCAAAUACGGAACGAAAACAAAGUCCAUUUAAUCGUUCACGUCCACCAUCAGCAACUGCAUCAAUAAGUAUAUCUCAAAAACGACUUCGACCAACAGAUCCUGUUAGUCAAUUACUUGAUAUAGUUCAUAAAAUAGUUUAUAUAUCAUGUAUUCCAUCGAAUACCAAUAAUAAUAAAUAUCGUCGUUUAAUUGAUCGUUAUAGGUUAUUUUUAUUCUCAAAAGGUUCAUCACAAAAUUUAAAGAGUGAAUUAUCAAAAUUAUCAAAUCAUUUAAGUGAUUGUAUUGAAUUUGAUAGUGGAAUUGGAAGACAAGGUAUUGGUAUACAAUCUUUAACAAACUCAUCACGAUCAGCAUCAACUAGUUCAUUAAAUCUUAAAGCUGUUGAUCUAACUAUUCCAAAUAGCAAUGGAGAUAUAACAUAUGAACAAAUGAUGACAUAUAUUGAACAAUAUCUUCAAGAAACAGAUUAUUAUAAAGAUACAACAAUGCCCAUGUUAUCAAAUGAAUUUCUUCCACCUGCCGUCCAACGGAAUCAACGUCCACCAACGGGAAAAAAAUAA